AUGCAAAGGAAGCGCAAGGCUGCGUGCGUGACUACUCGUACGCUGCCUAAUACAGAGCAAUUCCCUUGUAACCCAUGCAAACGCUACGCUUUCCACAGGGCUGCAUGCCCUCUGUCGUGGCUUCCAAGAUCAAAUCAAGAAACGUCCAGCUACUGCGAAACAUCCAAGUCCUUCGAGUUCUAUACGGAAGACGCGAAGGAGGACUGGGCAAAGUCCUGCGAUGUGCAGUGGCCCUGCAGGGGAGAUGACGCACACUCCUGUCCCACAGGAACGCGCGACUUCGCACUGCCUUGUCCUGAAGGAUUUGCAGUGCGAGAAGACGGGGAAACUUGUGAAGCCGGUCAGUUGAGACGUGAGGGAUCUUCAUGGUGCAUUGCUCCACCUGCGUAUACUGAAACGGCUCGAUGUGAUGCCCGUUGGAACUUCAAGUAUUUCACGAAGGAGAUGAAGCGCGCAUUCGAGGUGGCUUGCCAGGCCCGCUUCCCGUGCGAAAAUACGUGCGAGAAGGAAUAUACUGCUCCUUGUCCUGAAGGGAAUGCGACGUCAGUUGGCCUUGCAGAGGUGAGGUUUACCCGCGCUAAUAGGUUUCCAAUUUCGCCUUCGCACUGCUGCGAAUACUCAGCUGUGGAUGCAUGCCAGAGGGACUGGAGUCUCCCCUGUCCUGAAGGUACAUCGAGCCGAAAGGCAACAAGCCCCCAGAGCUGCACUCGCUUUUCACGGCCUGCAAACAGGUUGGAACGUAAUUCCUGCCCCUGGGAAGACGCUUCAGCAGAUGCUGAUGGAAGGCAACUGGUUGGUAAGGCGCGUGUUUUUGCGCCCUUCUUGCUCGCCAGUCAAGCCCUAGGACGCUCGUUUUUUAACGCCACAACGCACUUCAGGGUGCUGUGUGCGAACCCCCCCCUGGUGAAGCCUUGCCGAAAUGCGGAGGCACUAAGGCCUUUUUAUCGGAGUCCGACAAAAGAAAAUGGGCCUCUAUGUGCGACAAGACGUGCUCACAGAGGAUAUUACGGGGGUCUGGCUGUCGGAUUUCACCUCAUCGGUAAUUGGAAAGGUGUUUGCAGUGUCUACGUUGACACAGUCGCUCAUGCCUCUUUGUGCACUCUUCAGGCUCUUCUACAUGAGCCAGAAGCGGCAAUUCCUCAACGCAACAUGAUACUUUAUGAACUGUUUCAGUCUAUCGUGCCGCUACGCUACGCCAGCAUGUGCACUGCCCAACUCGAAAUAGGUCACGAGAUAGGAGAUCUUAAACUAGGGUGCUGCUUUUUCAUGAAUACAUGGGAGAACACUGCGAGUCCGGCAUCAAACGUGGCCUCGUUUCUGUCUCUCUCUGCCCCCAAUGUAGUCUUUAACUCUAAAGCAAGCCACAAGGUUAUGAAGAAAAAAGAUGAAUUCGAGGAUGGAACCUGCAGGGGUAAUGGCAAAGAGCGACGGUACACCAAAAGAAACAGGCUCGCUUACACUGUGUCCGGAGGACAUCAACCCUCAGCGAAUGGUUUGGCACACAUAAAAGCGUUGCGUCACACGAUAGCUAAAGCAGAUAAGGCAUAA